CAAAAGACGAUUGACAAUUGGUGUUCAAUGUCGGCCAAAAAAAUUGAAAUAAAAACGGAUAUGAUAUUGGAUAUAUUCAGUCAGCUUCACAAAUUCCUUUCGCUCUUUGGCAAGUUUCGUUCCGUUUCGUUUCGCCUCUCCGAUUCAAAGUUUGUCUCUUUAGGGUUUGAUCUUGGAAUUUCAAGAUGCCUGCUACAGCGGGAAGGGUUCGCAUGCCCGCGAACAAUCGGGUACACAGUAGUGCCGCCCUUCAGACCCACGGUAUAUGGCAGAGUGCAAUUGGGUAUGACCCCUAUGCACCCAACAAAGAUGACACCAAGAGCACUGCGCAACCCAAUGUGUCGAACGAUGAACCGGAUGGUGAGAAUGCAUAUGCUAGCUUCCAGGGCCUCCUUGCGCUUGCCCGUAUAACUGGGUCCAGCGCUGACGAGACUCGUGGGUCUUGCAGCAGGUGCGGCCGUGUUGGGCACCUCAAGUUUCAGUGCAGGAACUUUCUGAGUGUUACGGAAGAUAAGGAGAGAGAGCCUGAAGGGAUUCAGGGUGAUGUUGCAUCAGAAUUGGCUAGGUUGAAGAGGAAGAUUGGUAGGACCAGUGGUAAAAAUGUCGAAGAGAGUGAGGAGAGUGAGGAUGAGGAUGAAGACAGUGAGAGCGAGGAUUCGGAUUAUGAUUCAGAGAUUGAGAAGAUCAUUGCUCAAAAAAAUGGGUUAAAGGUUGGUAAAAAGGAGAAGUCGAAAAAGAAGAAUGAUGAUUCAGAUGAUGAUGGGUCAGAUUCAGAUUCUGGGAAGAGGAAGAAGAGAGGAAGGUCGAAGAAGAGGAGGAGCAGCAAGAGGAAAUAUGCUGAUGAUUCAGAUGAUUCAGAUGAAGGUAGGAAGAGAAAAAGGAAGGAGAAGCGUAGGAAGAGGGAUGAGUCCUCGGAUGAGGAUGGUGAGCGUCGGCGGCAGCAUAGGAAAAGUAGGAAGGAGAAGAGGAGGAGGAGAAGUCAUCGGCAUUCAGAUGAUUCUGAAUCUGAUUCGUCUGAUGAUUCUCGUAGACACCGCAGUCGGAGGAGCAGGAAGGCAGCAACACCAUCUGAUUCUGAUGAUGAUUCACGGGUAGGUAGGGGCAGGAAGCGGUCUGAGAAGAAAAGCAGCAAACGCCUUCACAAGGAUGAUGAGUAAAUCUAUCUAGGAAUGGAUUUGAACUGUGUACACCAGCACGUCAUUGAAUUCUAUGUAGUAUAUGCUUUUGCAACCUUUGUAUUGCUUCUGUUAAUUUGCUCGGACAAGCUUCUGUUGCGUUUGGAUCUUUUGCCUUCUGGGAUGAAACUGUCACUUUGCUGAUUCAGAAGUUGGAAUUUAUCUGGUAAUGUGUAUUUAA